GCCGGAGGCCGCCACCACGCAGGCGCAUUCAGCCGCGAACCACCCCCCCCACUUCCCCACACUCCUCCCUCCUUGCUUCCCCAGCCGCCCGGCCGGCCUUCACUUUGCGCAGGCGCGUUUUGAAGUAGCUGCCCAAAGUGGUAGUGAUGCUUUUCCCGCCUGGCCGCGGGGCGCGGCUCCUGUGCGCAGUUUGAUGACGACAUUUAGGCGCCCUUGCGGAAUGGCGGCUUUCAGCUCUGUGGCGGGCAAUGCUGUGGAUCCCACAGUGGUUUGCUAAGGCCAUUUUCGACGCUCCGUUGGAGGCUGCUAUGGCAUUCCCUCACCUGCAGCAGCCCAGCUUUCUACUGGCUAGCCUGAAAGCCGACUCUAUAAAUAAGCCCUUUCCACAGAGGUGCCAAGACUUGGUUAAAGUCAUUGAGGAUUUUCCAGCAAAGGAGCUGCACACCAUCUUCCCAUGGCUGGUAGAGAACAUUUUUGGCAGCUUAGAUGGUGUCCUUAUUGGCUGGAACCUCCGCUGCUUACAGGGCCGUGUGAGUCCUGUGGAGUACAGCAUCGCGAUGGAAUUUCUUGACCCUGGUGGCCCAAUGAUGAAGUUGGUUUAUAAGCUUCAAGCUGAAGACUAUAAGUUUGACUUUCCAGUCUCCUGCCUGCCUGGUCCUGUGAAGGCAUCCAUCCAGGAGUGCGUCCUCCCUGACAGUCCUCUGUACCACAACAAAGUCCAGUUCACCCCUGCUGGGGGCCUUGGCCUGAACCUGGCCCUGAAUCCGUUCGAGUAUUACAUAUUCUUCUUUGCCUUGAGCCUCAUCACUCAGAAGCCACUCCCUGUGUCCCUCCACGUCCGUACUUCAGACUGUGCCUAUUUCAUCCUGGUGGACAGGUACCUGUCAUGGUUCUUGCCCACUGAAGGCAGUGUGCCCCCACCACUCUCCUCCAGCCCAGGGGGGGCCAGCCCCUCACCACCUCCCAGGACACCAGCCAUGCCCUUUGCUUCUUAUGGCCUCCACCACACUAGCCUCCUGAAGCGACACAUCUCUCAUCAGACAUCUGUGAAUGCAGACCCAGCCUCCCAUGAGAUCUGGAGAUCAGAAACUCUGCUCCAGGUUUUUGUUGAAAUGUGGCUUCACCACUAUUCCUUGGAGAUGUACCAAAAAAUGCAGUCCCCUCACGCCAAGCUGGAGGUUCUGCACUACCGACUCAGUGUCUCCAGCGCCCUCUACAGCCCCGCCCAACCCAGCCUCCAGGCCCUCCACGCCUACCAAGAGUCGUUCACACCCACUGAGGAGCAUGUGCUGGUGGUGCGCCUGCUGUUGAAGCACCUGCACGCCUUUGCCAACAGCCUGAAGCCAGAGCAGGCCUCGCCCUCUGCCCACUCCCAUGCCACCAGCCCCCUGGAGGAGUUCAAACGGGCCGCUGUCCCAAGGUUCGUCCAGCAGAAACUCUACCUCUUCCUGCAGCAUUGCUUUGGCCACUGGCCCCUGGAUGCAUCGUUCAGAGCUGUCCUGGAGAUGUGGCUGAGCUACCUACAGCCAUGGCGGUAUGCGCCUGACAAGCAGCCUCCCAGCAGCGACUCCCAGCCCCGGUGUGUGUCGGAGAAAUGGGCGCCCUUUGUCCAGGAGAACCUGCUGAUGUACACCAAGCUGUUCGUGGGCUUCCUGAACCGCGCGCUCCGCACAGACCUGGUCAGCCCCAAGCACGCACUCAUGGUGUUCCGAGUGGCUAAAGUCUUUGCCCAGCCCAACCUGGCUGAGAUGAUCCAGAAAGGUGAGCAGCUGUUCCUGGAGCCAGAGCUGGUUAUCCCCCACCGCCAGCACCGACUCUUCACGGCCCCCACAUUCACUGGCAGCUUCCUGUCACCGUGGCCACCAGCAGUCACCGAUGCCUCCUUCAAGGUGAAGAGCCACGUGUACAGCCUGGAGGGCCAGGACUGCAAGUACACCCCGAUGUUUGGGCCUGAGGCCCGCACCCUGGUCCUGCGCCUCGCUCAGCUCAUCACGCAGGCCAAGCACACCGCCAAGUCCAUCUCAGAUCAGUGUGCGGAGAGCCCAGCUGGCUACUCCUUCCUGUCAUGGCUGGGCUUUGGCCCCACAGACACCAAUGGAUCCUACCCAGCCAAUGACCUGGAUGAGAUGGGGCAGGACAGCGUCCGGAAGACGGACGAAUAUCUGGAGAAGGCCCUGGAGUACCUGCGCCAGAUAUUCCGGCUCAGCGACGCGCAGCUCAGGCAGUUCACACUCGCCUUGGGCACCACACAGGAUGAGAAUGGAAAGAAGCAGCUCCCCGACUGCAUCGUGGGUGAGGAUGGACUCAUCCUCACGCCCCUGGGCCGGUAUCAGAUCAUCAACGGGUUGCGCAGGUUCGAAAUUGAGUACCAGGGAGACCCGGAGCUGCAGCCCAUCCGGAGCUAUGAGAUCGCCAGCUUGGUCCGUGCACUCUUCAGGCUGUCGUCUGCCAUCAACCACAGAUUUGCAGGCCAGAUGGUGGCUCUGUGUUCCCGGGACGACUUCCUCGGUAGCUUCUGUCGCUACCACCUCACAGAACCUGGGGUGGCCAGCAGGCACCUGCUGAGCCCUGUAGGGCAGACGCAGGUGGCCGGCCAUGCCCGCGGCCCCAGGCUCAGCCUGCGCUUCCUGGGCAGCUACCGAACGCUGCUUUCACUGCUGCUGGCCUUCUUUGUGGCCUCCCUGUUCUGCAUUGGGCCCCUCCCCUGUGCGCUGCUGCUCGCCCUGGGCUACAUCCUCUACGCCUCAGCCAUGACGCUGCUGACAGAGCGGGGGAAGCUGCACCAGCCCUGAGGGCGCCAGCUGCCUUCAGAGCUCCGGGGGAUUUGCCACACAGCCCCACCCUUGGACCUGAGAGGACCUGGGAACUCCUCCAGGAGGGAAUAUGGUCAUCCUCAGGUUUCUGGGUGGUGGUUCCUGCAGCCACAGAGGCAUCUGGAGGAAACAGAACUGAGAAGGGAGGGCAGGCGGGUGAAGCAAAGGAGUGGCUACCGGGCCCAACAACCAUGCUCUGUGACAGCACAGAGCUCAGCGCCAGCUCCUCCCUCCGUCCACCAAGGACUCACGGCCAAGCCAGCUCUCAGGAACUUUUUUCCAGUGUCCAUUUGGGUACUCUACCACAUCAAGCUCAGGAGCCAGUGUGCAGGCAGCCACUCAGGCUUGGCCUGCCCACUGGCUGGCCUUGAGGUGGGCAGAGUGAGUUGUGGUGCCUCUUCUCCCUGUGUGGGACCAGUAUGGUGGCUCAACCUCCACUCCAGGGAAGAAUCAAAGUUUCUAAAAGAGCCCUGAAAACACUAGAGAGUGGCUCUCCUCUGAUUCUUCACUGUGAGUGAGGGGCAUUCUUCACGUUCUCCCAGCUGUUCCAAGACUGGCCCAUAGAAGUUCAUGUUUCAGGAGCCUGAGAUUCUCCCAAGCCCGAGUGCUUCACUGCAGACCGCAGUCCAUCGAGCACAUCACCCAGAGCAGCAGCCAGCCCGUGCCUUGUCACAGAUGGGUGCUGGGGACACUGCUGGGUUGAUGGGGUCAGAUCCUGCCAGUUUCUGCUCUGCAGCCAAAGAUGAUCAGAAGCAUCGCAGCUUCAGUAACAUCAAAUACUCAAAGACACAGCAACCGUUUAAUGAUACUUAAGUAUUCAAAACUACAGAUUCUGUGACAGAAACCUCUAUGGGGUCUCCCACACCUUCAUUCCCCCACAGACACGCCAGGGAGAACAGCAUCUUGGUGACUUUCAAACCAAGCCUUUGUUUUCGGUGUGGGAUGGUGGGGGUUUGCUUUAAUGUUUUUCAAACUAAAUGCUGGGCUUUGUAUUUUGAUGUAAACUAAGAAUAAUGGCAUUUUAGGACUUGUGAUCAAAAAUCAAACCAAGCUUGUAACUCGAUCUGAAUAAACUUUUCCUUCUCAGUCUUCUGGCA